AUGACAAUGGAAGAUCGCACGGGUGGCAUCGACCGCGCCGCCUCCGCGACGUCGACGCCGGCCACGACGGCACUGACGUCGUCGUCGUGUCCCGCGUCCAUCAGCGACGUCACGCAUGACGCCUCGUAUCCCCUUCAGCGAGCCAGCAAGCGCUCCUUCGACGUCGCCUUCUUGGUGGCGCCUGACGAGAACUUGGCGCGCCGUCAGAGCGAGAAACUGAGGCUGGUGUCCAGCCGGAGGGACCGUCCGCGGGAUGACGUCUCUAUGGACAAUGUCUUGGACGCCGACCGGUUGCCGCAGAACCUCACCAUCAAGCAUUAUGAUAACGACUCCGGCGGCGCGGACAGAAGAAGGCAUUGCACGGAGAAUUCGCUGAGUCCGCCGUACGUAUCCCCGAGAACGCUCACGCCGACCUUACCGGGCCUCUCUCCGGACUCCGACGGCAGGAGGUACGCACCGACCGCUCGGCUUCAGAAGACCCCGAGCCCGCCCGCUUUCGCCGGACAUCAGUCCAUAUUAACCACCUGUCCGGAAUCGACCGAUCCUUCGGUUUUGGCCUGUGCGAAAGUCUACGAGAGUGGCAUUCCCUGCGCGACCGACCACCACGGGGAGUCUCGCAGUGCCUUCACGAAGGUCAACCUGGCGGCUCAGCGAAACGGCUUCAACGAGGACGGACAGACCUCGCCCAGGUCGUCGAUAUCGCCCGAGGACCGCGCGAGUUACCAGAGCAGCGUCAGUCCACCGGUGGUGUCCUUGCCAGGUACGACGAGCUACAAGUAUGCGCCGUUUCCCACCAAGAUGGCAUAUCCCUUCCUGAUGGGUUCGGAGACCGGGCAGACCGGCCUGUUGGAGAACUUGAAGAUCCCGCAGAUCGCUCAGCCGCCCAAGGUGCCCAGCCCGAAGGUGCCCACUUUCCGGCCGGAUCUGCCACCGGUCUACCCGAAUCUACCCUACAGCCCCAUCUCCGUGUUCCCGCCGAUGGCGGACGCCCUUGCCAGGCCGAGAUUCUUGGCGACCGCCGCCGGAGUCGCCGGCCUCCUGCCGCCAUCGUUCGCCGCUCUGACGCUGCCGGCGCAAAACGUCUGCGCCAAGUGCAACCUCUCCUUCCGGAUGACCUCCGACCUGGUCUACCACAUGAGGUCUCACCACAAGAACGAGAACGCGGGCGAGGCGGCGAGGAGAAGGAGGGAGGAGAAGCUCAGGUGUCCGGUCUGCGAUGAGAGCUUCCGCGAGAGGCAUCAUCUCACCAGACACAUGACUGCUCAUCAGGACAAGGAGAGCGACGGCAUAGUCGAGCAAGUCGAGAUUAAGAGGAGGGCCACUCCCGUUCAUAGUAAGUGA